GCAGGCAUGGAGACGGCUGAUGCUACCUCGAGCCCUACGCCAGGGCUGGCGGUCUGCGGGGACCUGAUGGUGGCCACCGGCGGGACCAAGCUCUUGGCCGCCCGCUAUAAAGAACCCAGCAAUGAUGACCUUUUCAUUUAUGACUGCACCACAAGCAAGGGAUCUCAGGAAAAUCAAGGAAAGGAUGGAAAGUCUGCAAAUAAAGCAAGUAAUGAUAUCCUUGCCUGCGCAUUUUCUUCAUCAGGAACGUACUUUGCCCUGACUGAUGACAACAAACGACUGAUUCUUUUUCGUACAAAGCCUUGUUGGGAAUUUCUGAGUGUAAGAUCUGUUGUUAGAAGAUGUACUUCCUUGAUUAUAACAGCAGCAGAAGAUAAGAUUCUAGUUGGUGACAAAUCUGGCGAUGUCUAUUCUUUCUCAGUCACAGAACCGGAAAACACAGGGACAACUGAACUUGGACACUUGUCCCUUCUGUUGGAUGUGGCACUGAGUCCCGAUGACCAGUACAUCUUAACUGCUGACCGCGAUGAGAAGAUCCGAGUUAGUUUGACUGGAGCACCACAUAACAUUGUGUCCUUCUGCCUGGGCCACAGAGAAUUUGUCAGCAGAAUAUUCGUAAUACCAAACUAUCCCGAUCUCCUCUUAUCAGCUUCUGGGGAUUGUACACUGAGGCUCUGGGAAUACAAAAGUGGGAAAGAAGUACAUUGCUGUCAACUGAAUAGUAUGGCUAUAUGUGAAGCCACCACAAAUGAGCAGAAAUACGCUGUCUCAAGAAUAGCUUAUUGUUGUGAAGGAAAUUACAUUGCCAUUUUAUAUGACUGUCUUCCCGCAGUAUCCAUCUUCCAGCUUGACACUGGUGCUCAGAACCUCACUUACAAACAACACAUCUCCCUGAACCACAAUGGCUGGGGCAUUGCUUUUGAGGAAACAGGUGGACUCUGGGUUCUGCAGGAGGACAAGCAGGCGCCUCUUCUUUUCUACCAACCUGUGGAUGGACAAUGGCAGCCUGCUGCUGAAGCAAAAGGAUUGAUGAAAAUGUCAAAGUACAUACGUGACAACUGGAUAGUGUUUGAAGGCUGUGUUGGCAAAGGAAGCUGCUAUCAAAAUCUCUACAAGUCUUCUUUUGAUAACAUGGCUGUUUACCUCCAAAAGAAAGAGGAGAGACUUCAGCAGCACAAGACUAAGAGGAAGGACCCGCAGCGUGAAUCAAAUGGGCAGACAAAGAAGGUCAGAACAGAUGCACCUUCCUUAUGACACUCAAUGCAAGACUGUGUGAUUGGCAAUGCAUUGGAAGAAACCAAUCUCUGAAUUGAAUUCCUCCGUGAAGCCCAACGGUUAAAAACUUGGCUUGGUACUUGUCAUAAUGUAAGCUUGGCACCUGACAAGUGACAAGUAUUAACGUAACGAGCUCGAUUAACGUGCUGCUUAUCUAUCCUGUCAAAGGUAAUUGUGUCCUGUGUAGCUUAUUUCUAGCUGCAUGCCCCGGCUGUCAGCUGAGAUGUUAUUGAGUGAAGCCAUAAUGAAAUGUGGCUAAGAAAGGGGCGAAUGAGGAAAUUCCUCUUCCAAAUCCAGCUAAUCGGGUCUGUAGGUUGUGCUUUCCUACAUGUGCCAUAAAGUCAAUGUGGAGUCUGGCCCCUAAAGGGUAAAAGCUCACCCAACAGUGGCUAACUCAUGCCCAUCCUCCCCAACCAGAGAGGAAAUUGAGAGCAGUACGGAAUAACAAGGCAUUGGUGAUUGGAUUUAAAGGCUUGGCCUGUUGGCUUUUAAUGCUAUUUCAAAAUGGCCCUUUUGGUAAAUCUAGUAGCUAAGGGUGUACAUGGCCAAAACCAAAAUAUACUGGGAUAACUGCCUGAAAAUGCCAUCCAUCCAUGUGGUGAUGCACUAAAUUGUGGGACAAAUCAUAAACGUGAUGGACCUGGAUAAAAAUAACUUCACAUGACCACCCCCCAUUGUCCUCUAGUGCAUUUAAACAGAUAAAAACAAGCUAUCUUCAUACUAAAGAUAGCAAUAUACUUGUAGCAUAUGAUGAGUGUAAUGACCUACUGGACCAGUAAUAGAGUUCCGUUACUGGUGUGGUCCUAUGACAACGGGACUAUCUUUUCUAGAAGGAAUUUCUGUUUGACGGCAUGAUGCAUUUGUUUUUCAAAACAGAUUAAGCUGAACUCUUUUUUUUUAAAAAAAAAUACUUUUGCCAUCUGCUUUAAACUAACCAGCAUGCCUGAGCAUCUUUCAUUUUUAUUUUAUUUUUUAAAUAAAAAGCUAAGGAUUUUAUGUCAUACUUUGCUUUAGAACUUGAACCAGCAAUGAAGGCUUUAGAUGUACUGUAAAUAAGCAAUAAAACAUGUCAACCAAGUUGUGUCAUGGAGAAGACUUUGCCU